AGCGCCGGAGCUCCGGCAGAGCUCAGCGACUGGCGGGCAAGGGGUCCCUGAGGUGGUAGGGGCCAUGGCUGGGGUCGCGUGCCUGGGGAAAGCUGCGGACGCGGAUGAAUGGUGUGACAGCGGCCUGGGCUCUCUGGGUCCGGACGCAGCGGCUCCCGGAGGACCAGGACUGGGCGCGGAGCUGGGCCCAGGGCUAUCGUGGGCGCCCCUCGUCUUUGGCUACGUCACUGAGGAUGGGGACACGGCCCUGCACUUGGCUGUGAUCCAUCAGCACGAACCCUUCCUCGAUUUCCUUUUGGGCUUUUCCGCUGGCACUGAGUACCUGGACCUGCAGAAUGAUCUAGGCCAAACUGCCCUGCACUUAGCAGCCAUCCUCGGGGAGGCAUCCACCGUGGAGAAGCUAUACGCAGCAGGCGCCGGGCUGCUGGUGGCUGAGCGUGGGGGCCACACGGCCCUGCACCUGGCGUGUCGCGCUCAGGCCCACGCCUGUGCAUGUGUGCUGCUCCAGCCCCGCCCCUGCCGUCCCCGGGACAUCCCGGACACCUACCUCACUCAGAGCCGUGACCAUAGCCCCAAAGCCAGCCGCCCCCCUGAUGCUGUGGACCCAGAACCCAACGUGGAGAAGGAAGAGGAACAGGGCGAGGACUGGAAGCUGCAGCUAGAGGCUGAAAACUAUGAAGGCCACACCCCACUGCAUGAGGCCAUCAUCCACAAAGACGCAGAGAUGGUCCGACUGCUGUGGGACGCUGGAGCUGACCUCAACAAGCCGGAGCCUACAUGCGGCCGGAGCCCCCUGCACUUGGCAGUGGAGGCACAGGCAGCCGACGUACUGGAACUUCUCCUGAGGGCUGGAGCCGACCCUGCUGCUAGGAUGUAUGGAGGCCGCACACCACUGGGCAGUGCCCUGCUCCGGCCUAGUGCCAUCCUCGCCCGCCUGCUUCGUGCCCACGGAGCCCCUGAGCCUGAGGAUGAGGACAAGUCUGGCCCCUGCAGCAGCAGUAGCGACAGUGACAGUGACAGCAGGGAUGAGGGCGAUGAAUACGAUGACAUCGUGGUUCACAGUGGCCGGAGCCACAGUCGGAUGCCUCCCGCCCUGGCACCCAAACCUCUUCCCGAUGACCCCGACCCAGCCUGACUUAAGUGUUAAUAUAAUUUCCAACUUAAUAAAGGCUCAGU